CCUCCCUUAUAAUAAAGUGUGUGUGUGCGUGUGUGUGUGUCCCUGUCGUAAAACACAGCAACACCGGGCGGCUGCGUCAGGAGCGCACACUCCACUCUGCGCAAUUACGCGGACGCUUAACCGGCACAGUGAUCAGACAAGGAGAACAGGCUUCUUUAUUUUUUAUAUAUAUUCCGGCUCCUGAAGCUCACAGGGUGGAAAUGGACUUUUAAUCACAGCAGCCUGGUUGUUCUGAGGACUCGCUCCGAGCACUUCAAUGCAGUUUACCGAGCGACAUCUGUGCGUGUUAUGAUAUGAUCAUUACGCACGUGCUCCGAGCGCACAGUUCUGAAUAGUUGUCUUAUUAAUAGACAUUUUUUUUUCUUUUUUUCUUUUUAAAUAGACACCUUUCUUCUCUUAAAUUGGCUCCCAUACAAACAGCCGCGUUGGAUCCCUCGGCGUACUGCGAGACUCCGGUGUACAACCCGGAUCUCUGCCCUAAUAUGAUAGCCGCCCAGGCGAAGUUGGUGUACCACCUAAACAAAUACUACAACGAGAAAUGCCACACUCGAAAAGCGGCCAUCUCCAAGUCCAUCCGGGAGGUGUGCAAGGUGGUCUCGGAUGUCCUGAAGGAGGUGGAGGUGCAGGAGCCGCGCUUCAUCAGCUCCCUCAGCGAGAUGGAUAAUCGUUUCGAGGGACUGGAGGUCAUCUCGCCCACCGAGUUCGAGGUGGUGCUCUAUCUGAAUCAGAUGGGAGUAUUCAACUUUGUGGACGACGGCUCUCUCCCGGGCUGCGCCGUGCUCAAGCUCAGCGACGGCCGCAAGAGGAGCAUGUCUCUCUGGGUUGAGUUCAUCACCGCCUCCGGUUACCUCUCGGCGCGCAAGAUCCGGUCGAGGUUUCAGACGCUGGUGGCGCAGGCGGUGGAUAAAUGCAGCUACAGAGAUGUUGUCAAAAUGGUCGCUGACACAAGUGAGGUGAGGUUGCGCAUUCGGGACAGAUACGUGGUGCAAAUCACGCCGGCGUUCAAGUGCACCGGGAUCUGGCCUCGGAGCGCGGCGCACUGGCCUCUCCCGCACAUCCCGUGGCCGGGGCCGAACCGGGUGGCCGAAGUCAAGGCGGAGGGAUUCAACCUUUUAUCCAAAGAGUGCUACUCGCUGAACGGCAAGCAGAGCUCGGCGGAGAGCGACGCCUGGGUCUUGCAAUUCGCCGAGGCCGAGAACCGGCUCCUGCUGGGCGGGUGCAGGAAGAAGUGCCUGUCGGUGCUGAAAACUUUGCGCGACCGUCACCUGGAGCUGCCCGGACAGCCGCUGAUCAACUACCACAUGAAAAGUUUGGUUUCCUACGAGUGCGAGAAGCAUCCCCGGGAGUCGGACUGGGACGAGAGCUGCCUCGGCGACCGCCUGAACGGGAUUCUAUUGCAGCUUAUUUCGUGUUUGCAGUGCCGAAGGUGCCCGCAUUAUUUCCUGCCCAAUUUAGACCUGUUCCAGGGGAAGCCCCACUCUGCGCUCGAGAACGCAGCGAAACAGACUUGGCGCCUGGCGAGAGAAAUACUGACCAACCCCAAAAGCUUGGAGAAACUCUGAGGUAAAGACAUGUCAGUUCACCUCGUCUUUCAAAAAAUUUGUGGUAAAAGAGGCCAAACGAGCUCAUAAACGGACAGGGGGAAAAGAAAAAUUUGCCAAACCAUUUUGGCUAAAUCUUGUGAAAGGUCCUCUUGUCAUUCAAUUUGUUUUGGCCUGUUUCAAGAUGAUUUUUUUUAUUAAUAUUCUUUAAUAUUACCCGUGCACCUUUUUGUUGGUGUCAGUAUUUAGGAGCAAGUUUAAAUUAUUGGCCAACCAUUAACCCAGGAGGCCACCUCCACCCCGUGCCACACACGGUUUGUCUGAGCCCCUGAGCAUUUGCUUUAAAAUAAAGCCCCCCCCCCCAGAGACACCAUUUGGAAAAAAAGAGAGAAAACUAAAACAACUUACACACAUCUGUACAUUUUAUACUGUAAAUACAUUCAUACAUUGUGAUUCAAGUGGUCUGAAAAAAUUGUGAAUGUUGUUCUGUGACACGUAAAUAGGAUCCACCUGUUUAAAUCUACUUCUGAACCUUUUUUUGUUUUUUUAUCUCUAUCCGGUAGGAACGUUUUUAAUUUAUACUUGCAUCAGUGGUAGUCUGACUCAUCUGUUUCAAUGGACUUUUUCUAAUUUUUUUGAAAGUUUACAUUUUGAUGGUAGGCGUAUACGGCAUAUUUUUUUUUACAAUGAGAACAUUCCAUCGAAUUACUUGAAUUAUUAUUUAAAAGUAUUCCAGCUUUUAAUAUUUUUGGUUGUUGUUUUUCUUUUUUGUUCCUCUACCAUUCUUAGGCCUACAUGAUAAAAAAAAAAGAAAAUGAUAACAGAUAUAGUAUAUAUAUAUAUUACAGUUUAAUUGAAAAAAAAAAAUGCACUUGAAAUACACUGGAUUAUAACAUCUGUGAUCUGAUUUUUUUAAUUUCUGUCUUUGGUCUAAUUUAAAGAGCUAAUAAAACGAGCUGUUUUAUAA